AUGUCCCAGUACGUGACCUAUUCGUUCGCUGGAGACUCGUCCGGUGCGGAGUCUUACAUGUUUGGGCAGCCAACGUACCCUUCCGUUUUUCGAGCGAGUGAGGAGCGGCCUCAUUUUAACAUUUUAUACCGAUGGUGGGAAGAUGAGGCCACAGCUGCUCUGUGGACCUUCGAUGUCGAUGUGGUCAAAAGAGUGAUCCGCUAUGGGCUUUUCUGUGACGAGCAAGUUGCACGGAUGGCCCUUCACACUCGCCCCCCUCCCACAGUCGAUGAUUUUCUUGCUGGGCUCCUCAGGCCCGAGGAGCUACCGCUGUACGCCAAUUGCUCGCACACACAGAAGGUGGACACAAUGUUCUACCGAAGCAAGCCCACUGCUCCGCCGCUGAUCUUAUGGAGCUGGCUUCCAGCCCGCUUAGACUGUGACUCAGAUUGCCUGGGCAUUGCAAAGGCCAUUGAUAGCGAAAGCCAUCUUCAUUUCAACCGUAUAACGUUCGAUGAGCUAAUCCGGUUUUCGUUGGGUUACUCGGCUCGUCGGGUGGAGUGGUUUUUGCAGCAGCAUACGUGCUUCUAUGCCCACUUGUUGGAUCAUUUUCACGCCUUUCCUGAGCAAAUUGGAAAGUAUGCGGAAGUUGAGCAGCAUCUCCGAACUCGAAGCCCCUUUGCCCACCGUGCUAUGGCUCGCGCUCUACAAGACUCAGGUCUCGCAAUUGAUCUACCUAGCCUAACACCAGGUUUUGGAUUCUUUGCUGGCCCGAUCCAACGUCUUUUCAAGGAGCUUCAACCGAACUUGGCAUUGAUUUUGAAGGUGCUUGGUGUGCUAGGAGUUCGAUUUGAACGGUUCUAUUCACAUGCCCCGGAGAUGAACUGGUCAAAGUCAUUCAGCAUCACCUUUUCGUUUCUCGAGGAUAUCGCCGGUUCAGAUUCGCCCAUGGACCUUGCGCAUAGCUUGUUCAAUUCAGACAAACGGGAUUUUGCUGCGCUGACGGAAGAGGGGUAUUUCAAUCACAGUGUAGCUAAUCGUUUGUCGGAUCGAUGGUACUCUCUCUCUACAGAGGUUUGGGAGUGUUGCAAAGCGCUUCCGGAAACGAUAGGAUAUGUCCAAGAGAGUUUGCAGCCCCUGAUGGCAUGCCGGAACUAUCAUUCCCUGACGGCCAUUCUGAGUGGGCUACACAAAUACAGCGUUUCAGCAGCUUCGCUUCGCACAGACAGCGGAAUGACUAUCUUGUCUCUGAUUGAAUUGGUCCCCCUCGAGAUGUUAUUCCUCCUUGACCCCUCCCAGAACUACACCCCAUAUCGAGACCACUAUCAACGAGCACCUGGAAUUCCCUUCAUUGUUCCUCACUUAUACGAGUACCAAGAGCACGGCGAGACUGUGCUCCAAUAUUUUCACGAACAAUUGAGUGCCGUUCUCCAGCCAAUCUGA